AUGUCUGUUCUAGCCACUGGGAGAGACAACACGGCGGACGCUCCUGUGCGUCUCUCAGUGCCCAUUCCACCCCCUCCCAAGCGCAGGGCCCCAGACCCUUUAUCCAGUAAGGGGUGGUCCAAAGAAAGUCGGGCUCCUACAUCUCCCCUGGCAGAGCGGCAAGCCCCCAGGAGGCGGAAUUUGGAGGCAGCUGAGGCAGCUCAGGUGGUUGAGGCUACCAUGUCCCCCUUCCAGUCGGAGCUACUGAAGGUGGUGCUGGAUGUGCGGCACGAGGUGCACCUUCUCCGCCAGGACACGGCGCAGGUCCUGGCAAACCAGGAACAGCUGGCAGUGCGCAUUGCUCAGCUUGAGCGUGCGAACUGCCCGCCUGAUGCCCCAGUGCCGCCAGCGGUUUUUAUUUUACCGCUGGCGACAAUGGAAGAUUUUGAGGCUGCAGAGAGGCGCCUCAUCAACCCCCCUGAUCAGGCUGUCCUGAAGGAGCAGCUCUCCGGCCUGGGUGGCAACACUAUCGCGGAGGCUGUGCGGCGCACCCUGGAGCGGCUCCUGCGGAAGCAGGUGCAGAUGCACUUCAGCAUCUGCGGCCGCAGGGGCAACAAGCGGCCGUUCAGGGGCACGCAGCUCUGUGCCGUGGCCGUUGCUAUAAUCCGGAGCCGAGUGGGAGGCAGCGUGGUCGACGUGGAGCGUGCCAUUGGCGACUACUUGUCUGGGGCCCCGGAUCGCGAGGGAGGCAGGGCUGAGAGGAUGGCCAAGAAGAUUCAAGACGCGGCCAUCCUCUCAGCCCAAUUCGUCACUGUCCUGCCCAGCAGCCUGCCAGAGGGCGACUUUGACGUCAACGCUGACAUCCUGGACAUCUCACAGACGUGA